ACAGGUUUCCCUCUUAUCUUGUGUAGUACAAAAUAGGCGGCAAUAGUAGUACCCGUGGUGAAAAUCUUCCGUCAAUGCGUCAGUCUCGUACGAACCACCUUUAGUACAAGGUACUCGCACAUGUAAGUACUCCACCGAGUACUGUAAUCGGUAAUUGAUAUAUUUGUUUACGAUCUAUUUGGUGUAUCGAUAACUUGCUAAUGUGAAACUGGAUUACAUUUUUUUUCUGUUGAACUGAUUGGAAUGAAAAAGCAUUAAAUAUGAAUGAAUCCACCAGUACUAACCCCACAAUAACAGAAAUCAUCCAAGAUGAAACCAACCAGGUGACCACAGUCGUGAUUUUUGUGAUAUUAUCAGUUUUAGUUAUAGUUUUGAUAUUUCUAAUGGCAAUUUUCAUCGACUGCCGACAACAGAAAAUUCAAGAUGAAAAGUUGAAACAGAUGAGAAAAAGAGUGAAAAGAAAAGUUAAGAGAAUUAUUCCAAGUCUACCAACCAUAGGAGAAUCAUCACAACGUGAAGAUGAGCAACAUAUUGUUGAAAAUAUGCACACAGAGCCAAUACCUUCCUCAUCAACCGCGUACAUACCUUAGAACAUCUCAAUAUCAUAUUAUUUAACUCUUGGAGAAAUAACUUAGCAUAGAGAUACCAUUACCACAUCACUAUACCAACAAAGAAUUUGUGUUUAUGAAAAUUAUGGCUACAUGGAAAGAAGUAAAAAAAUCUGACGGUUGAGUGUUGAGUAUAUAGACUUCUCUGAGAUUUAACUGUAUUAAGUGUAUAAGAAACACUAUCUCAAUAUGAUCUACUUAAUUUUCAAGCGAAAGCAAGGAACAAAGUUUAUUGAUCUAUGUUUUUAUUGUUAACUGUAAAUAUAUGUUUUAUAUUUUUUA